AUGGAGAAAAUUCUACGACAUCUUGAUCAUGAACCUAUCGACUGGAACACCGAGGAAAAAUUUAUCUUUGGGUCAUUGGCCGGUCCAUACAUCGGCGGAUGGGCUGGGAGGUUCCCGGGUCAUCGGAACUGUUCCGAACCUUUGGCGAAGCUCAUGGCGAGGUUCAAGCUGUUUAGGCGUUACGCCGAGUGUUACACAAAGGACCCCAACACCUUUAACUCCACAAUCAAGUCGAAGGUCAAGGAACUGAAGAUUCUCCUCGGUAGGUGUACUCGACCCCCCCGCGUUCUCUCGAGACAAUCAAGAACGACGACGAUAUGUAUCGCGCAAGGUGCAACUAUUAUAAAAACGUUCACCGACAGGCACAAAGACGAAUUCAUCAACGAAUGCCAAGGCAUUAAAUAUUGGUGUACAAACGGGAAUUGGCUAGAACCUCACUCUACUCGACCAAAGGAGGGGGAACCGGACCUGCCGGCUCCACAGAAGUACGGCUAUGUCCAGCAACCGUAUGGCCGUAUUGGCCUUGGUCCAGGCAACACUAACUUUUCUUUUCCUCUCCUUGUUCCGCCUUUUAAACCUUGCAAACUACCUACGAUGCAGCCGCCUGCUAAAGCUCGAGGACCACCUUCGAGAUUCGACGCCAGGCUGUUGGCUUCGAGGCUACAUACCUAUGGACACGGGGACAGAUGA